AUGGACGACUUCUUCUUCGAGAAAGAGGCCGAGUGCUGCUUCGACCGCGACGGCGACGUGAACCCAUCGGACCUCGAGCGGCUGCAUGUCGAGGAAGACAUGGCCGAGAUCCCUCGCGCCGACUGGCUGCUCAAGACAGGACUCAAGCAGCAAAAGGUCUCAGUGCUCGCUUCGAUCCCAACGAUCCUCGCCGCCAACAACUCGAGAGAGAAUUUAACGCUCCUCCUCGACGACAUCAAGGCAAUUGCCACGUAG